UAUUGCAUUUUUAGAAGAACAUUGUAAAAAUGAAAAGACUUUAUGAACUCGUUACCAUGCUCCAAGAGCUAUUUGACUUAUUUAUCAAAAACGAAAAAGAAAGCUUGCAUUUGCUUGCGAUAUUAAUGAUUACAAUUGGUUUUGUUGUGUUUAUCAUUCUCAUGUACCAACCAGCUACAUAUGGUCGUUACUCAAGCACGGGUAGAAUAUACAGUAUUGCUGUGCCACCGAAGACAGCCUGGUUUCUACAAGAGCUUCCAUCUUUUUUAAUCCCAACACUAUUAAUGACAUUUUCAUUGUGUGGACAUGAGAAGUUAGGUGUUUAUAGUGCGUCACAGUUGAUAGUUCUCUCGUGUUUUACCUUGCAUUAUUUUCAAAGAACAUUUGUAUAUUCAUUGAAGUUACAAGGUGGCAAACCAACUCCUCUCUUUGCGUUUCUUCUUGCUACCAUCUUUUGUACAGUAAACGGUUACAUGCAAGCGCGUGGUGCUCUGCUACUUACGGCUUAUCACAACAAUACGCAAACGUUACUUCGUAUCGGUGUGGGUAUUUUGAUAUUUGCGUAUGGCUUGUAUGUCAACAUUUACAGUGACCAUCUGUUGCGAAAUUUACGGAAACCGGGAGAAAAAGGUUAUAAGGUUCCUAGAGGAGGCUGGUUCGAGUAUGUUUCAUGUGCGAAUUUUUUUGGUGAAAUGAUUGAAUGGUUCGGGUUUUUUGUUGCAUCGUUCUCAUCUGUUUCAUUCGCUUUUUCCUUCUUCACUGUAGCGAAUCUCCUUCCCAGAGCUAUUUUCCAUCAUAGGUGGUAUAAAGAAAAAUUUGAAGAUUACCCAAAAAAUAGAAAAGCUGUCAUACCGUUCUUGAUAUAAAUUAAAUUUUUACUUUUUACAUUUAAUUAAAUUUACAUUGUUUAUUAUAUAUUAUUAUAUUUUAGAUAAUCAUUAUAUUUUUUUUAAUUUUGCAUUAUUAUCUGAAAAAAGUGAUUUACGUAA